AUGCGCCCAUCAGUCAGCUGGAAACUUUUUUGCGCUGGUUGGGCCCUGGCCUCAACCGGCUUCUGCACCAGCAGUGGCCUCUUGGCUGACCUACAAGUCGAUCUCCAAGACUGGGCCUCGGCAUACAACCAAUCCGUCGCCGCGGUGGCAACCCUAUCGAAUACAGACAAGAUCCGGCUCAUCUCCGGCCAAAGCGUGCCCUCCAUCAACUUCGAACCCUAUACAAGCGACGACGGCUCCCAAGGACUAGAGAGCUUCUUCUACGUGACCUCAUUUCCGGAAUCCUCGGCGAUGGCCCAGACCUGGGACCCCGAGCUCAUCAAAGCCAACUUCCAUGCCGUCGGUCAGGAGUUCUACGGCAAAGGCUACACCAUGAUCAACGGUCCAACGAUUGGCCCACAAGGCCGUACCCCCUGGAGCGGCCGUCUAGUGGAAACCCUAGGUCAGGAUGUCUACCUGGCCGGAAUUGCAUUCGCACACGCCACCGAGGGCAUCCGCGAGGCCGGCAUCAUCCCCUGCGGCAAACACUUCCUCCUCAACGAGCAGGAAACCAAUCGCUCCGAAGUCUACUGGUCCAACAACGCAGUCACCGUCCCCCUGAACAACACCGCCUACUCCAGCAACGCCGACGACAAGACCCUACACGAAGCCUACCUCUGGCCCUUCUACGACGGAGUCAAAGCCGGCCUCGGCGCCGUAAUGUGCGCCAUGAACCGCGUCAACGGGACCUACGCCUGCGAAACCCCCAACCUGCUCAACAACGUCCUCAAAACCGAACUGGCAUUCCCAGGCUUCGUCACCCCCGACACCUCGGGCCAACACACAGCCCUAGGAUCUGCCAACGCCGGCAUGGACUUCGGCGCUACCUCCUUCUGGAAUCCCCAGACCCUCCUCCCAGCCCUCGCUAACGGCUCCCUCUCCCAAGCCCGCCUCAACGACAUGGCCAUCCGCAACCUCAUGCCCUACUUCCAGCUCGGCCUCAACACCAAAACAAUUCCCCCCAAUCCUCCGGCCACAGCCCCCGUCGACGUCCGCGCCAACCACCGCGCCCUCGUCCGCAAAGCCGGCAGCGCAGCCAUCACCCUCCUAAAAAACACCAACAACACCCUCCCCCUACACAACCCACCCUCCAUCGGCAUCUUCGGCUCCCACGCCCGUCCCACGCUCAUCGGCCCCGGCACAACAAUGGACGACGUGCACACUCACACCACCUGGCCCGGCCACCUCAUCUUCUCCGGCGGCUCCGGCAUCAGCAGCCCUUCCUACCAAAUCACCCCGUACGACGCCCUCCUCUCCAAAGCCCUCCAAGACGGCACCCAACUCAUGUGGGCAAUGGACGGCGACCUCUCCAUCAUCCCUUACACCGCUGUAACCGGCACAAUGGGAACCUCAGCAGCGCCCACCUUCGCCGGCUACGCCUCGGCCGUAUCAACCUGCCUCGUCUUCAUCAACGCCUGGAGCGGCGAAGGCCACGACCGCAGCGAACUCCGCAACAUCCCCCAAGACAAGAUGAUCCUCACCGUGGCCCAGAACUGCGCCAACACCAUUGUCGUCAUCAACACCGUCGGCGCCCGUCUCCUCGACGCCUGGAUCGACCACCCCAACAUCACAGCCGUUCUCUACUCCUCCCUCCUAGGCGAACAAUCAGGCAACGCCAUCAUCGACGUCCUCUACGGCGCCGUCAACCCCUCCGCGAAACUCAUCCACACCAUCGCCCGCAAUGAAUCCGACUACCCCGUCCCGAUUUGCAUGACCGCAGAUUGCGAUUUCACUCAAGACAACGUCUACCUUGAUUACAAGUACUUCGACGCUCACAAUAUCACCCCGCGCUAUGAAUUCGGCUUCGGGCUCUCUUACACUACUUUCAACUAUUCGGUCCCUCCUGCGAUCAGCUACGUGAAUGAUUCCGCUCUUGCCCAGCCCAUCCCCACGGGUGAACUUAUCCCCGGCGGGAAAGCGGAUCUCUGGGACGAGGUCAUGCGGAUUACCACGUACAUCACGAAUACGGGGGAUAGGGAUGGGGCGGAGGUCGCGCAGCUGUAUGUUUCGUUUCCCGAGGAGGCGGAUCAACCGGUUAGACAGUUGCGAGGAUUUCAGAAGGUCUUUUUAAGGUCGGGGGAGAAAGGGUUGGUGGAGUUUGGGUUGAGGAGGAGGGAUUUGAGUUUUUGGGAUGUGGGGAGGCAGGAGUGGGUGCUUGCUAGGGGGGUGUAUCGGUUUUGGGUUGGGGCUAGUAGUAGGGAUUUGAGGGGGUGGGUGGAGUAUGUUGUUGCUUAG